UGUACGACGGAAGCUGUCAACAUUAAUCUGAGGCGUGUUUAUCAAUGUUCACUUCAGAUUAAAGGAGAGAAACAUUUGAUAAAAGGAACUACAAAGAAGAUUAAAGAAACAGAAAUAACUCCAUCAAACAGACAGACAAAAUUAAAUUGGUAACAUGUGGUAGUUCAACGUGUACCAACCAGUAGAUUAUACCAUAACCCCUUAACUACAACAGCUGUAAAGAUGGGAGCCAACAGUAGUAGUAUGGGGGAGCUGGCCAACAAUGACUACCUCAAACGUCUGGCUGGUAAUACUGCCAUCAACCCUAUAGACCCCUUCUGGAACCAACUUCUCUCCUACUCCUUCCUCAUACCUAUCAAUAGUGCUGACGGUAAACUCCUAGAGGAAUCUACAGUGGGAAUCUGUAAGACACUAGCUAUUAACAAUGCACGAUCAGGAAAUUUUGGAGCACUUGUACGAAACUUUCUUGUACGGGCGACAGAGCUGAAGGCCUCAGCCCAAUGUGAAGAUAAUAUCUUUACCUGGCAGACCUACAAUGCUCUCUUCAUCAUCAGAAGUCUGUGUAAAUACUUUGUUGAACAUCUCAGUGAGGAGCUUAUUAUUCAACAGUUUGAGGCUAAACCGCCGGACAUGGGAGGUUAUGCCGAUCCUGAGGACAUUGGACCUCUGACAGAAGAACUGAUGAACUCUCUGGUAGAACUCCUAGUUGAUGUUCCAGUCCUGAGUUUUACCUAUGCCCUUCACCUUGAGGCCCUAAACACCCUGUUAGUGCUGCUGUCACUACAGAUGUUUCAGCCGCAGCCUGCCUCCAAGUUUGUCCUGUACAAGUAUAUCAUGCAGGGCCGAUGUUCUAUCCAUGCCUGCCUGUUAGUUAAGUCUCUGUUGCGGAACUUUUCGGGUCAAGAGAAAUGUCCCCCUGAGCUUUACAAACAUACUGGUGACAACAGUAGCGUUAUGGCUUCUGUUGCAGCAAGUUUUUGGUCUGUGAUGACGUUAGGAAUGGGAGGAGCUGCAGAGAAGAAGGAAGAAGAUUAUCACGAGACAUUAUUAGCCAAUCAGAGCCUUUUAUUUCUAUUGGUGCUGACCAAUCACUGUACAACAGAUCACAGCAUGCACAACCCUUACAGACAGGCCCUGUUUGCCUUUACAAACUCACAAGAUCCAUCCUCUUCAAGUCCGACUAAGACGCCAGCUACAUUUAAACUAGAUUUCAGCCAAUUGUAUGAUGCCUUAUGUGUUGCCCUUAGAGAUGACCAAUCAACACUACUCUUAUAUUUACUUAUACACCGGAACACACUAAUGAAGGCGUUUAUAUUGUCUAGGACAAAUAUCGAUCAACUGGUGAUGCCACUACUGAAGAUCCUGUACCACGCUCAGGACAGAAAUUCACACCAUAUCUAUAUGGCCCUCAUCAUUCUCCUCAUACUCAGUGAGGAUGAUGUCUUCAACAAAGCCAUUCAUGAAAUUGUGAUUAGAAAUAUUCCCUGGUUCAAAGAAAGGCCGAUUUCUGAGAUAACGCUUGGUGGUCUGCUGAUUCUGGUGGUUAUCAGGACGAUACAGUAUAAUAUGACUCGCAUGAGGGAUAAAUAUUUACACACCAAUUGUCUGGCUGCCCUUGCCAAUAUGUCGUCACAGUUUACCAAUCUCCAUCCUUAUGUCUCACAGAGGCUUUUUGACUAUGUACAGUAUGAUGGAGUCAGGCCGGUAGAGGUUGAGUGCAAAGGGAGGACAGGACUAUGUAAGUAUGAUGGAGUCAGCCAGAUGCAGGACCUUGCAGUACUUGAGGAGGUGAUACGAAUGAUGUUAGAAAUUCUUAAUUCCUGUCUGACGAGCUCCCUCCACCACAAUCCAAACCUAAUAUACACACUUCUCUAUCGUAAGGAACUGUUCGCUCAGUUCAGGACACAUCCCACCUUCCAGGACAUCAUACAGAACAUUGACACAGUGCUUGCAUUCUUUAACACAAAGCUAGAACAAAAUGGCCAUACCGCUACCGUAUCUCCUGCUGAAGUACUGGAUUUGAUCAAAGAUGGAUCCAAACAGUUCCGAAGAGAUCAUUUAAGGAAAUUCCCGGAUCUGAAGUUUAAAUACGUAGAAGAAGAAUCGCCGGAGGAAUUCUUCAUCCCUUACAUCUGGUCACUAGUGUAUCACUCAUCUAACAUGUACUUCAACGCCUCGCGUAUUGUCCUCUUCUCUCUCACGUCGUCUUGAUAGCCUACGGGUGACUUCAGUCAUGGUCACUUAGAAAGAAAAUGUGGUCAAGGUCAUAAUACAUUAGGAGUGACAAGGUCAAGGUCAUGACCACAGGUAUAUGGCAGUUGUCAAGGUGAUGAUUACCAUGGUACUAUGAUUAUUAGACUAUGGUCAUUUUAAGCUUUUUUGAGUCAAGAUCAAAGGUGCGUUUACCUGACCAUGGUCAAUAUCUGCUGUGUGACAAUGAACAAGGUCAUACCAAUGGGUACCAGAGUUGGCCAUGUCUUAUAUCAUAAUCACUGGACUACAGUUGAGCACUUCAGGACUAGAAUCAAUGUCGAUGGUGCUUGUACUGGAGAGACGGUAUGAUCAGAUAUGUCAAAAUCACUUUGACUUUGUCCAGUCAAAGUUUUUAAGUCUCCAAAAUUGUGUAGUCGAGGUCAUCAUGAUCAUUACCAAACAAAGGGUCAAGGUCAUUCGAUAUUACUGAAUCACUGUCCAGGUGGUCGGAUAUCACAACAGCCAAGACCAUAUUUGGUCAUCAUUCUGUGGUGUUAUUAUUUCGCUUUACAUAUCAAGCAGAGUUCCUUUCCCAUAAGUAUCUUGAAAUAGUCUCUGGAAGGCCCCUUUGUAACUAUGGGCAACAAGUAGACAUUGUGUUGCCAACGGCAACGUGGAUACAAUUGUGUUACCAGGGGCAACGAGGAUAUAGAAGUGUUACCAUAGGCAUUGAGAACAAUGUUUUGGAUACCUACAGUAUCUAAUUAAACUGUUUCAGUCGCAGGGAAUUGAUAAGUCAGAAGUAUAGACCUGAAUAUACAGAAGAGAAUAUUGUUGUGGAGUGGAGAGUUGAUUCCUUGUUUUGGGGGAAUGAUAAGCAAUAAAUUGUAACUAUGUUAUAAUGUUGUAUAUAUAGCCUACAUAUAUAUGUAUGUAAGUCACAAGAUCACACUUGUAAAAAGAUCCAUCAGAGUUUACUAGAUCUGUGAUAUUGUCACCAGAUUGUUCAUAUAAAAAUAUUCAAUGUUUUGGGUUUAAUACCAUGAUAUUAUCAGAAAGUGUGAGACAUGUCCUAUUCCUAGUAAAAUGGAAUGAAAUAUGUUUGUAUUGCUCAAAGUCAAUUACUUGAGAUAAACUGUGGACACAACUUGGAUCAAUAUUUCUUUACAAAAAAAAUAUUUAUUUAUGAAAAAUUUUGUAUAGCACAGUAAGCAUAUUUCUCUUCAAUAAAGAUUUAAAAAGCAUGACACAAUGCAAGAAUAAUGAUUUCUGUCAAAAUCUCAUAAUGUAAAAAGCACUUAUAUUCUUAUCUGUCCACUUACCGUAAAUGAAAAUACAGGUUCACAGAAAGCAUUGUUUGAUCAUUUUAACACUGUUUUGUGUAGAUGUAUAUACAGCUGUGCUUCCUGAGUGAUUUUCAUGUCAAAUAUUAUUUGCAAACCGUUCAUUUUGUGUGAGUAGAUAUUUAUAGAGAAAAUGUUCAUAUUUAUUUGUUGUCUUUCAAAUACAGUUUAUCAUGUUAAUCAUAAGGCUGUUUCCAAGGCAUAUACCAGGUACCUAUUUAUACUUCUAUAGCAUUUUAAAUCUCGUGUAUCAAGAUGGUAAAAGUUGUCACAUUCAUUUGCAAAGAGGUCAAUCGUCCAGUUAUUUUUUGGAAGGUGAGUCAAUUAUUGUGUUAAACAUCUGUCAUAACAUAGAUUUACAAUGCAAGUUUAUCAAUUAAAUUUUUCAUAUCUUUUGUGAUAAAUGUAGAUUUUUUGUUGAAACAUAAUGUAUCCUGCAGAUAUUUUGGUACAAUUGAAUGAAAAUUUUAUAUAUAUAUAUAUAUAUAAUCUUGUAAGUAAUAUCGACGGUAUGAUUCAAUAUUGAUACUAGAUCCUAACAAACAAAUGUUCAUUUGAUGCGAAUUACUGGGAUAGAUGUAUGAUCAAUGAAGUAAUAGCAAUGAAGGUUGCCUCGAAAAGUUGACAAUUCGCUUGUCCAUACUGUUGCUAUUACUUCAUUGAUCAUAUAUAUAUAUCAGACUUUUGCACCUUUUUUUCAUUUUUUUUUCAUAAGAGGAAUUAAAAUUUUUCAUCCUGGUCCGUUUUGUCGAUGACGGUGACAAUGAUAUAAGUGACAUGAAAGGUUUACAUUCUAGUUUAGGUAUUUCUAAUAUAACAAAUCAUUUGAUAAAUUUUCAUCUUGAUUUGUUAUGUUUGUUAUAUACAACACUACUGUGUAUAACAAUAAGGUUACACAUCUUCCUAGGAAAGAAAUAUUUUGAAUUGUUUGCUGGUGAAGAGAUCAGCCGAACGAGUCCGAUCUCCAAUAUUGAAGGUAUAUAUACUGUAAACAUACUUAUUUUUAGCAAGCAAUCAAAUUUCAGCACUUUAUCACAUUUUAGCAAAUUAGCGCGAUGAUGGAUUUACACAUAAGUCAUAAUUACUACAUCCGCAACAUACAGAAACCAAUUAGCGCACACAUCUAGUGCAAUAACCUGUGGAAAGUGCCAAAACAAGAAUACUGCUAAACUAUGUACCAUGUUUACACUACCUAAGUGUAUAAGUCACUUGAACCAUUAGAAUAUUGUAGUUAUUCUUUGUUUCUGAUUUUGAAUAAUGAUCCCUUCAGUAAAUUAAUAAUAAAAUAAUUAUUUUAUAGGAAAGUUAGAUAUAGAUAUUGUGUGGUACACAUUGAUAUGUCUGAAUCCUAUUCUGAACAACUAAAUUGCAUACUGCAAAAUUAGUCAUUUUUGUGGGGAUUUAUUUUCAUGGGGAUUAAUUCGUACUCUAGAUAUAUUCAUAUCUCACAGUAAUGAUAAAUGGUGACACGGAUUUUACAACUAGCAGAUUUUUUAACAAGAUUUAACCACACAAUCAAGUGCUUCUGUGGAAAACCUUCAAAACUUUGAACAUGAAAAUAUAUAUUUAUAAAGGCUAAUCCAGGAAGUACUUGUAUAGUUAAACUAAACUAAUUCAUCCUGGUGAUAUCUAUUUUAAUGCCAAUAGUUAAUUGUGUGGACAGUGAAAAAAGGAGUCCUAGGGUGGGACAGAUGUUUUGAUUAUAUUGGUCUCAUUAAAAUAAGACUGGGCUUGUACGGGAUCCUGACUUGGUUCACUUUAUUAAAGAAAUUUCUUUUCUUUUUAGAAAAAUCUAUGCUUUACCCUAGACUUAGCUUUCAAGUCCAGUUGGGUAAAACUUUCAGGUCCAGUUGGAUAAAGCUUUCAAGUCCUGUUGAGUAAAGCUUUCAGGUCCUGUUGAGUAAAGCUUUCAGGUCCAGUUGGGUAAAGCUUUCAAGUCCAGUUGGGUAAAGUUUUCAGGUCCUGAUGGGUAAAGCUUUCAGGUCCAGUUGGGUAAAGCUUUCAAGUCCAGUUGGGUAAAGCUUUCAGGUCCAGUUGGGUAAAACUUUCAGGUCCUGAUGGGUAAAGCUUUCAGGUCCAGUUGGGUAAAGCUUUCAGGUCCUGUUGGGUAAAGCUUUCAAGUCCAGUUGGGUAAAGCUUUCAGGUCCUGAUGGGUAAAGCUUUCAGGUCCAGUUGGGUAAAGCUUUCAGGUCCUGAUGGGUAAAGCUUUCAAGUCCAGUUGGGUAAAGAAGAGCGGUAUAAAUUACAGUAGUUUUUAUCCUUAACAGUUCUUUGUAGUGAGUCAGUGUGGAGAAUUUGAAUGAGUUUUAACAUAAAAUAUAAGUUAAAAGUUUUGGAUGGGUUUACAUCCCUGUUAACUUAUCACUGCCUUUGUAUAUAUUAAUCCUGCAUAAUUAUAACUCUGUACGAUUUUGUUACAAAUUAUUACUUAUAAUUAUAUAUGGACUUCUGAUUGAACAUUUUGUAUGGGUUUAGUAUUUUUCUUGGGCUAUAUGUUUAUAUCAUUGUUAAUUUCAUCCUUUCCGAAGACAGAGUUAUCUGCUCUUGUAAGAAGAUAUUAUUUGUUGCGUCAUUCUGUGAAUAUCAUCGUAAAUUUGUGAGAAUACAAAACAAAUACUUACGGCAUUAUAAUCAAUAUCUGCUCACAAGAAUAGAUAACUCUGCAUCACGAAUAAAAAAGACAGAUUUUGGAUAUAAAUGCACAAUGUUCCAUGAUGUAUUAUUAUGUGUAGGAAUUGUAUCUAUCCUGUAAUAACCACAACAGGCAAGAACUAUCACUUAAGUCAGUAAAAAUGAAAUAGAAUUUGUAGGUGAUUACGGCAACAAUCGGUUUAUUUAUUACCAGAUUGAUUAUUUAUUUCUCUAAAACCGUAAAAUGUAAUCAGUACUACUCCUGGUAGAAUAACGUGAAAUACUUUUUGUUUAUCAGAGAAAAUAUGUUUGGAAAAAUAUUUGAGUUAUGUCCCUUUUGUGUAAUGAUGCCAUUUUUACAGCAAAGCACUGCAUCGUUUAUCUGUAGUCAGGGUUUUUAACUUACUAAGCAAAUUGUUUCCACAGAUUCAGAAUAUUGACAAUCUUUAGGGAAUUUAGUGGUAUUUUUGUUAAUUGAUAAACUAUAUAUCCUGUUAACCCUAGAGAUAAAAUUAAGCUGCUCCACAGUUAUGAAAUGACUGUUCUAUUGUGGAUUCACUGGGGUGAAAUUACAGGGGUGAUUCAGAUUGUCAGUAUUUAUACACAUUUUGUGUGAUUGAUCAGGGGACCUUUGCCAAUAUUCAUAUUAAUGAAGUGCAAAGUUACCAGAGGUGUUCCAAAUGGUAUAUAGUUUGUCUAGGUACACUUUGACCUUUCGACUUACCCACUAGAAGUUCUGAGAGGUCAUGGGUCAAAGGUCAGCUGUUUUGUCUAUUUGUUGGCGAUAUAUUUAUAGAUGAUUAUGUCAUGUUUGUUGUUUACAUUAAUAAUGUACAUUUUUUUUCAUUUGAGGUCACAGAAAGUUGUCAUUUAUAUAAUUUAAUGCUAAUAAAUAGGGACAAGCUAAA